UUUCUUACGACGUAUUUCCACAAAGAAAUACUGCAAAUUUAAGUGAGGACAAUUUUUCAACCUCAACUUUAAAUGAAGAAAACGCUUCAGCUGAAACGUUAAGUGAAGACAAUGCUUCGGAUACAUCAAAUGAAGUUAAUGCAAAUUUAGGUGAAGGCCAUAUCUAUACUUCAAGUCGCAACAAUAUAUUUUUAAGUAGAAGUGCUGUAACUUUAAGCGGAAACAAUACUUCUACGACUUUAAGUAGAUUCUCUGCUACGAAUUUAAGAGUUAGUAAUAUUUAG